CUGGGUUUCACUCAGACCUUUUUUGGCCAGGACUUAUUUGCCUUGCCUAGAAACAAUCCACUUUUCUUGAACAAUAAAGAGGAACAGGAUUCGAGACCCCAGGAGCCCUGUGAGAACAAGGCCAGACCCCAUUCGGGGAGGCAGUGAAGCAAGAGGCCCAUUACUGGCAGGAGGUCAGAGGACCAGCUGCUCAGCUGACAAGGGCUGCGGUCUCUCUUAUGAUGGAGGGAAGCCGACAGACGCGAGUGUCACGGCCGUACAAGAUCAGCGAAUCAUCCAAGGUGUACCGCUGGGCCGACCACUCGACCACGGUGCUGCAGCGGCUGAAUGAGCAGCGCCUCCGUGGGCUUUUCUGUGACAUUGUCCUGGUGGCAGACGAGCAGCGCGUGCCAGCCCACCGCAACCUACUGGCCGUGUGCAGCGACUACUUCAACUCCAUGUUCACCAUUGGCAUGCGUGAGGCCUUCCAGAAGGAGGUGGAGCUGAUUGGCGCCUCUUACAUCGGGCUCAAGGCCGUGGUGGACUUCCUGUAUGGCGGGGAGCUGGCGCUGGACGGCGGCAACAUCGACUACAUCCUGGAGACGGCCCACCUGCUGCAGAUCUGGACGGCGGUGGACUUCUGCUGUGAGUACCUGGAGCAGGAGGUGAGCGAGGACAACUACCUGUACCUGCAGGAGCUGGCCUCCAUCUAUAGCCUCAAGCGGCUCGACGCCUUCAUCGAUGGUUUCAUCCUGAGCCGCUUUGGCACGCUGUCCUUCACGCCCGACUUCCUGCAGAACAUCUCCAUGCAGAAGCUCUGCGUCUACCUGAGCAGCAGUGAGGUGCAGCGGGAAUGCGAGCAUGACCUUCUGCAGGCGGCUCUGCAGUGGCUGACGCAGCAGCCCGAGCGCGAGGCCCAUGCCUACCAGGUGCUGGAGAACAUCCACUUCCCGCUCAUCCCCAAGAACGACCUGCUGCACCGCGUCAAGCCGGCCGUGUGCUCACUGCUGCCGCGGGAGGCCAACUGCGAGGGCUUCAUCGAGGAGGCCGUGCGCUACCACAACAGCCUGGCAGCCCAGCCAGUCAUGCAGACCAAGCGCACGGCGCUGCGCACCAACGAGGAGCGCCUGCUGUUUGUGGGUGGCGAGGUCUCCGAGCGGUGUCUGGAGCUUAGCGAUGACACCUGCUACCUGGACGCCAAGAGCGAGCAGUGGGUCAAGGAGACGCCCCUGCCAGCCCGGCGGAGCCACCACUGUGUCGCUGUGCUGGGGGGCUUCAUCUUCAUCGCUGGUGGCAGCUUCUCACGGGACAAUGGAGGGGAUGCAGCGUCCAAUCUUCUUUAUAGGUAUGACCCCCGCUGUAAACAGUGGAUCAAGGUGGCCUCCAUGAACCAGCGCCGUGUGGAUUUCUACCUGGCCUCCAUUGAAGACAUGCUGGUGGCCGUUGGUGGCCGGAAUGAGAAUGGAGCUCUUUCUUCGGUGGAGACUUACAGCCCCAAGACCGACUCCUGGUCCUAUGUGGCCGGCUUGCCAAGGUUCACCUACGGCCAUGCAGGCACCAUCUACAAAGACUUCGUGUACAUCUCGGGAGGCCACGACUACCAGAUUGGCCCCUACCGCAAGAACCUGCUAUGCUACGACCACCGAACAGACGUGUGGGAGGAGCGGCGGCCCAUGACCACGGCACGCGGCUGGCACAGCAUGUGCAGCCUGGAAGACAGCAUCUACUCCAUUGGCGGCAGCGACGACAGCAUCGAGUCCAUGGAGCGCUUCGACGUGCUGGGUGUCGAGGCCUACAGCCCGCAGUGCAACCAGUGGACCCGCGUGGCACCGCUGCUGCAUGCCAACAGCGAGUCAGGGGUGGCCGUGUGGGAGGGCCGCAUCUACAUCCUGGGCGGCUACAGCUGGGAGAACACAGCCUUCUCCAAGACGGUGCAGGUGUAUGACCGUGAGAAAGACAAGUGGAGCAAGGGCGUCGACCUGCCCAAGGCCAUUGCUGGUGUGUCUGCCUGCGUGUGUGCCCUGAGGCCACGGCUGGAGGACAAGAAGAAGAAGGGCAAGGGCAAGAGGCACCAGGACCGGGGCCAGUGACCGCCCUUCUCCCCCGCUUCCCCACAACCCCGUCCCGCCUGCACCUGCGCCUGGCUGGGCUCCGCUCCCUGCCCCCACCCACCGGAGCGUCUCCACCAGCCACGACUUCGCAGCAUCCUGGAACCAUGAUGGACUUCUUAGCAGCUUUUUUUUUACUUUUAUGAUUCUUGGUCUUUCUAUGAUAUCACAGUAACUGAUUAAAUAUUCUAUAUAAUUUUACAUAUCAUCUUGCUUGAAUAAUUAAACCCGGGCCCAGGCAGGAAAUAUCCCCUUGUAUCUGUGUGAGGCUUCCUCCCUCAUUAUGAGUCCCUGAGGGUGCCCCCGCAGCCGUCCUCCUGAGAGUCUCCAAGGGCAGAGGAUAUACAGAAAGUUUUGUAAGUAAAAUGAGGGGGCUUGGUGGGACAGUUCCCAUCCCCAGUUCCCGCCUCCCUCAACUUGGCUGAUCUUUUAAACAUACAGAUUCCUGGGCCCCACCUCAGAAUUAUCCGUCCUAAAACUACCAGGAGCAGGGGCGGAGGGGGCGGUGCCUGGAAACUAUAACCAGUUCCCAGGAUGACAGCAUGAGCCACCUUUGGCAAUCCUGGGCAACGUCAUGUGCUUUUGUGUUUAUGUUUGGGGACACGGAGACCCCGGCAGGGUGAGUGGGUUGCCCACUCCCUGGACAGUCAGGCAAGACCUGAAACUUCUCACCAGAAGAUGUUCCCACCAGGAUUUCCUGAAACAGUGACUGUUGUUUCUGAGUAGUCCCAUUUUCCUGAUUGGUUAUCUUCCUGAGUUCUGAAAGGGUCUAGAUAAUCAAGGAACUUAAAAAAAAAGGGGGGGGGGGGGACAUGAAGCUCUUACAUUUUUCUGUUAUUUGUGCUCUUUUGUUGUUUUUUUUUUUUUCCCCGAACUUACUUCCUUAUGCUACCGACAUACUGAGCCCCCAAAAAUCUAUGUUUGUUUCUCAGGAAAGAAAAAGUGGGCAUCCUAGAAUUUGCCAUUGUUUUCUUUGGCUUGGCUCCACAAAGCCCUCAAGAGCACCUCCAUGAGCAAGCCGAGCACAAUGUGCUCCUGAAGGAGGAUGUCAGGUACCCCCGCCCCCCCGCCCAACUCAGCCGUCUGCUGCUAAGUCGUUUUGUCGUCUGCUGAGCAAAUUCUUCACCAAGUCCUAGCUGUUCCUCACUCAUUGAGCAGUUGGUCAAAGCCACUGCCUCCCAGGGCUCAGCGAGCUAAUUCAGUACAUAUAAGCUAUUAAUGUGUGUUUGGCACCUCCUUUUGCCAUGUGUGAGCGCCAUGCGCUGAUCUCUGUAGGAACCCCUAGUAGCAUGUGCCCUCAGAGGCCAGCUGGGGACUCCUGCCCCAGCUGCUGUGGACACAGGGACGGGGGAGGUGUUCGUGAUCUCCAUUUCGACAAAGAUCACAUAGCAGAGAACGCUUCAAGAUCUCUUGUUAACCUUGAUGUUAGACUAUGAAUCCCAGUUAACUUAUUUACUUUUUUUUUUUAAACUAUCUCUUUACUUCUUUUUCUUUCCUUUAAGGGAUUACUGUGAUUUUGAGUGGAGGGGGCGUUGAAAGCUUCAGUACCUAAAUCCUUGCCCUCUGUUGUCAGCGGAGCAAGGGUUCUGCUGACUGAGCUAGCUUGUGCACAUGGAAGUCCCUAGAGGUUCUGCAAGGCAUGCCAACAAUCAAACCAAAAAGACUCUUGGAGCUCUACAAUACUCGAGUGUAUUAAAGGCUCUGAGAAGUCCUGCGGUAACUUAACAGUUAACCUUCUAUCAAUCCAGCAUUUCCAAACUUCACUGAGCCUGAAACUUUUUUUAUUUUUUGGUCUCAUACCUUGUCCAGCCCUCCACAAACCAUGUUUUGCAGAACUUCUGCCAACUUUGGUAUAGCUUACCCUCUUCCUAUUCCAGGAAAGAUUUUAUUAUUAGAGGACCCUUUAGAAGGCAUGGUACCUGUGAUCUGUUCUAAGUCACAAAGAGGUGGUUGUUGAAUCAGAGUCUGGGGCAGGUGGGGAAAAGCACACAGAUUCCAUGUGUGCUUUGGGGAGCAGGAUGGCUUUGACCUCGGGAAGAGGAGAGCCUUCAGUUUUUAGCCGAAGCCAGCCAUUGUAUUUUUGACUACCGUGACCUAUCCCCAGAUACAGGUGCAGUGCUGGUUGCUAUUCAAAUUUUCUUGUGCCUUGUGAAUUCCAUACCAUGUCCUGCACCUCAUACUUUGUGGUGUCACUCCUGCCACUGUGAAGGCAGUUUGUCAUUUAUGUGGCUUGGAAUCUAAUAUCGUUAGGGUUCUUUUAAAGGUAAGGUUGAUGAGUUUCUUCUCAUGGAUGAGCCUCACGUAAUUGGAGGUGGUUUCCCCAUGCUAAGAAAGGUUUUUGAGCUUAUCUGUGUUGAUGGAAAGGAACAUUGUGACUGGUGAGCCGCAUUUGCACUGUGAUGGGACCCAUGAUGGGUAUCUGCUGCCCAUGUUGUUAAGAUGGCAAUCACUCUGCUGUGCUGUCCAACUGAGGAUGGAAGGAAAUGCUUCUUAACCCAGAUGGGCAGAACUUGGGGCUGUACUCUUGGAGGUGGCCAUUUGAACUGAAGAAUCCUGGUAGUGGUUUCCAAGCCCAGUGACAAAGAUUGGGUUCUUACGGGCCAUCAUCUUGAGACGCAACAGCACCAUUUUGCUGCCUUUGAGAACUUUGAGAACACCCAAAUCGUUUCUUUUGAUCUUUCAGAAUAAGCAGAGUGGGCUUUCAUUCAGGAUUUAUUUUUCUCUCACUUUUAAAGAACUAGAGUUGUAGCUUCGCAUCCAUUGUAUGCUUGGAGUUUGAUCGUCACCCAAGUUGGAACCCUGUUUGCUUAAGACAUAAAUGUAAUACCAGAAGGGAGGAGACUAGAAAGCUGGGGAGUCCUUGUUACUUAGAGUGGUCUUCCUGCUAAAUAUACAGAGGUUGUCUUAGCAACUUGUGCGUAUGGCUCAAUCGGCAUUUUUAACAUCUUAGAUGUCGAGUGUUAACAUUUUAGCAUUUUAGACUGCCAGGUAGGACUUUCAGAUCUUGAUCUGAGCAGAAAGGCUUGUGUGUGUAAUUAUGUUCUAAAUGCCCCUUCACCUUGCUCUUUAACGAUAAGGGGACCUCACGGUGACUUAGUAGAAACUCCAGAAGCUAACCCUAAGGGGUUUUCAGUUUUGGGUGGAAGCCCAAAUGCCAAAGGGAAUGGGGUCCCAGUCCCUGCUCUGAGGUCCAAGGUCCCAGGUCCCACGCUGUGAGCUCAGGUGUAUUAACCUGCAGUUCACAAUACCUGGCCCCAAAGCCAGGGUGACCUUUCAAUGGUUUGCAGCAACGCCGGAAGUGAAAGACCUCCACCCCCACCCCCUUGUAGAGUUAUCAGCCUUUAUCUUUUCUGGUUCUCCAUGGCAUGUGGCUUAGCCAGCACCUGCCUAAGGAGUACCUCACGGGCUUUCUGUGUCUCAAAGCUUUUGGCUGGAAUCUCAGACCACCACCCCCACCUCUGGAGGGCCAGCUCCAUCCUUGGCAUCUCCAUGGAUUCCAAGUAUCUUCAGUGGAGUGAGGAGCAGAGGGGGCCGUGUUCUGGCCUCCAGAAUAAACCUCUGGAGUGCAGGGCAACUCCCUGGGCACUUGGAGAUCCCUCCCUAUACGUCUGCCGAGCCUGGCAGUUUUUAAAGUUUUUUGAAAUGUUUUGAUACUUUUUGAUACCAUUUGCUAAUAACAGUUUUGUAGGUUGCUGCCAGGGUUUUCCACUUCACCCCCCUGUCCCCCACUCCACCCCCUUGAACUUGCACUAGACAGCAGGUGCCCUGUGGGUCUCGCCCGCCUCCAGUGGCUUUGUCUUGGAUCUCACUCCCUUCUGUGGCUGUGUUCUGAUACAACUCUUAAAUUUUGUAAGGUCAUGCGUGGCCCCGCGUGGCCUGUGACUCUGACCGCCUUAGGCCCCCAACUGAGCAAGAGGCCACUGAUUUGCCAAGAUGACGUUCUCAUUCCCUUAAGAUACUCUGCUUUUCUCCCGAAGCUCCUACCUCAGCGGUGUGUAUAGAGGUGAAACCAUCCCUGAGGACUGACCCGUGUGUCACCUUUCUCAUACAGGUCACUGCUCAACCCAGGGCUUGCCGGGGUCUUCAUCCACUGCCAUCCACCCCCUCUAGAGACAUUUCAACACACACUCUGUAACAGUGAACCAUCCCACACUUUACAGAAUUCCUGCCCUCAGCUUGGAAGUUAAUUCCUCUUUUUUAACAGGAAUGGAAUUUAUGGCUUCUGAGGGUGUGUUGGGGUCUCAAGAAAUUGUCUUUUGGUUGCCUUAGUUAAAAGAGGUAAACGAAUGUGCAGAUGUGGUGGUGGGGCAGGGCUGAGGGAAUCAACCUUCCGGGUCAGUUUUCUUUGAGCAAAGGAACACUUUGCAAAGUGACUCGAUGCCACCUUUACAGGUUUGCUAGCAGCGGAAGGAAGACUCAGAUCCUUUGGGGUCAACUGAAGUUAAUCAUCACCACCAGCCCCCCACCCCCCUUUCAAAAUCAGUAAGAUAUUUGACAAGUAUGCAAUUCACUGAGUAUGUUCUGGCUACUAAUGUUACCAAAACCUGUAAUUGUGUGUGUGUAUGUGUUUUAAUUUGUUGCUUUUGUAUUUGUAAUUUUAUGACACUCGAAGGUUUUCUGUGUCUUACCUCUUUUUAAUUAAUUUUCUGCACGUUGAUUUUUUUUCUUUGUUUUUAAUUCCAUACAGAAUAUUCAAUCCUCAAAACACAUUAAAAUGAUUUGCCUGCUAGGGUAUGGUUUAUUUUAUAAUUA